CGACAGUGACCUUGAAAACAGUCAGAAUGGGUAUUAGAACAUUUGCCCAACCAGCUGUUUGCUGAGAUCUUGCGAUGUUGUACUGUCCUGCGACGCAAUAGAAGCAUGUGUUUUCGCUUAAACACUGCCAGUGCCACGGAUUGUUCCAUGAGCAGUGGAACCGACGAUGAGAAGGAGGAUGAUUCGCCCCAACGAACAGCAUGUCGUACGGGCCCUUCAACAGUGCCAAUUAGUCGUGACCGCAUACCGAUCGUUUAUCGGCCCGAGUACGGUGUGAAAUUUCUUGGGCUCCAAAAGUUACACCCGUUCGAUGCGGCCAAAGGAGGUAACAUUUAUCGUUUGCUAAAAACGAACGGAUUAAUACGCAAUGAUGAGGAUGUGUAUGCCCCGGAAGAAAUAACGCUCGAAGAAUUGAUGCAAGUGCAUACGAAGCGAUACAUCGAUAGUUUAAAGUGGAGUUUAAAUGUUGCCAAAAUAGCAGAAAUACCUCCACUUCUGUUCGUGCCAAAUUGUUUCGUGCAGCGAAGUUAUCUGCGACCCAUGCGCUACCAAACGUCCGGAUCGAUUCUGGCUGCCCGAGCCGCGCUUGAGUCUGGUCUCGGGUGGGCCAUCAAUCUCGGUGGUGGUUUCCAUCACUGUAGUGCCGAUCGUGGCGGAGGGUUUUGUCCGUAUGCCGACAUUACACUUACGGUGAAAAUGUUACAGACCGGCGAAAAUGGUAUUGAACGUAUCCUGAUAGUGGAUCUCGAUGCACACCAGGGUAAUGGGUACGAGCGGGAUCUGAUGAACGAUUCCGGCGUAUUCAUCCUGGACAUGUACAACUAUCGCAUCUAUCCGCGGGAUCAUACUGCCAAGCUGGCCAUUCGACGAGCGGUUGAACUGAAGCCCCACACAGACGAUGAGGAAUAUCUAAGAAAGCUCAAGCAUUGUUUGCACCAGUCGCUGGCAGAAUUUGAACCGAACUUUAUCAUCUACAAUGCCGGUACCGAUAUCCUGAAGGGUGAUCCGCUAGGACUGCUCGAUAUUACGCCCGAGGGUGUAAUGGAACGUGAUGAAAUUGUGUUCCGUGCCGCUCUAGAGCGUUCCAUUCCGGUGGUAAUGCUGCUGAGUGGUGGAUAUUUGCGCAGUUCGGCACGUGUUAUCGCCAAUUCGAUUGUAAAUUUGCGCGAAAAAGCAUUGCUACCAACGGUAAACUAGGCGCGGAAUGAAUUACUUCAUUAAAAAAGCAUUUGAAUGGAAAAAACGUGAAACGAUAUGUGAUGCUAUUGGUACUUAAACAUUUUCCACGCAUUGGUGCUCUCUAGACAUAGGCAUGUUGUUCUCGUUCCAAUAGGCCAAUAAUUACUUCCAGGCCGUUUAAAUGCAUGCCAAAGAGUAUAGAUAGUUUUACCACGAUUAAACACCUUACAUCAUGUGCACUUAUUCCGUUGUCUAGUGAAGUUUGCAAAAGAGAAUAUUAAUUGAGGAAAAAGCUAAAAAUAAAGAUAUAUUUUUUCUAUAACUUCCAAUUUAAGUGAUCGGAAAGGAGUGGUUAUAUCAACUGUGACAAAGUCCGAAUUCUACAGGAUGUUUGAUGCAGUAGAAAAUGUGUAUAAAAUUAAAGAUUGCAGAUACAAAAUAUCCAGAUGAAUCGAAACAUCAAAAUUAAUAAUUGGUAAUCAGAGUCGUACUGAAGAAUUUCGCACUUCCUGAUUCCAUCAGUGCAUAGGACCGCCAUUAUAUUGAGGUUCAUCAACACACAAUACAAAACGUCCAUAGCCACAAAAACCUUCUAUGAAACAUUCUUUCAUAUUGAUCAAGUUACCAUGGUUGCCAUGGUAGAGCGUCAUCGGUUGUUGAACGCUACGAAAACAGUUGUACGAUAGGCUUGCUGCAGUGAACAUCCUAAAAAGGCAGCAACAGAUCCG